UUCUCAAAAAAUAAGAACUGAGAAGGUACAGAAACUGAAAACCAGAAAAAAGGGGAACCCAGAAAAAGUCGGAAAUGGGGAAAAAUCUGAGCGACGAUCAGGUGUCAUCGAUGAAGGAAGCCUUCACUUUGUUUGACACCGACGGAGACGGCAAGAUUGCUCCGUCGGAGCUCGGAAUCCUGAUGCGUUCCCUCGGCGGAAACCCUACUCAAGCUCAGCUUAAGUCGAUAAUCGCUCAGGAGAGUCUCAAUGCCCCCUUCGACUUCCCUAGGUUCCUCGACCUCAUGUCCAAGCACUUGAAGCCGGAGCCCUUCGAUCGCCAGCUCCGCGACGCGUUCAAGGUGCUCGACAAGGACGGUACUGGCUACGUCGUUGUAUCGGACCUCAGGCACAUCCUCACCAGCAUUGGCGAGAAAUUGGAGCCUGCGGAGUUUGAUGAGUGGAUCCGCGAAGUCGAUGUUGGAUCCGAUGGCAAGAUCCGGUACGAGGAUUUCAUCGCCCGCAUGGUCGCCAAGUGAGAAGGUUAUCCAGAUACUCAUUGUGUUAUGUAUUCACUUGAAGCAGGAUUCUUGUUUUUUCUUCUUCAAGAGUAGUUUUUUAUCUGGGAUGCUGAAGCUUUUUCAUUAGACUUCACGGUUCCGAUAUCAUAGUCAGUAUUGUCUGGGAGCUUGAGGCCUGUGUUUGGUUUCGAUUUGGUACUUGUUGUUGUUUAGGUGUAAUUUAGGAGUUGUUUGCUACAAAGCAUUUUCGUUAGGCUUCACAGUUCCAAUAUCAUAGUCAGUGUUUUCUGGAGCUUGAGGCUUGUGUUUGGUUUUGAUUUUGUACUCAUUGUUGUUUAGGUGUAAUUUAGAAGUUGUCUGUUGUGUGAACGAGUUGUUCUCACGUUGAAUCUGCAUGUAAAGAUGACUUGCCUCUCUAAGUCUAGAGAACGGUGAUUCCUGUUUCAUGAUCUUUUAUUCCAUACUUAGUAUUA